AUGUCCUAUAGAGAUUUAAGAAACUUCAUCGAAGAUAUGCGCGUAUUGGGCUGUCCGCAGCAGGUCUCGAUGGAGAGUUUCAGGGGUCCGAAUUGGCCCCUCCUGGAGAGUUGCGUGCGUUGGUUGGCGGCGCGAGUCGAUCCCGAUGCGGCGCUGGGCGGCUCCGCAGACACGCUUGAGGGGCGAGUGGCGCUGGUGUCGCACGCCCUAGAGCUGUUUGUACCGUUCGAAGUACCCGCAUCCACAAGACUCCCCGCAUCCGACAGGCCGGCGUACCAGUCGGAGCUGACCGCCCUGGAGCGCGAGCUGGAGGCGCUGUGGGACCGGUACGUGCUGCGCUACCGCUGCGUGGAGGCCCUGAAGCAGCAGCUCAGCGUGCUGGAGCGGGCGCAUUCGGAGCAAGAUAUGAAAAAAAAAAACGUCCGUAUUCUUAUUUACUCGGUGCUACAAAACCAUAGGCAUUUGAGCGAUUAUGCUAAUGUGUUACUAUUAUGUGAUCCUAUCGCACCCAAUGAUCGUGGUCGUUGUGUGGUCGUGGUGCGGUCGUGGUGUGGUCGUGGCGUGGUCGUGGCGUCGGCGCAGGCGGCGGCGGAACAGCAGGCUGCCGUCAUGCAGCUCAUCCACAAAUAUGAGGCGGAGGACGUCCUCGGCAAGCUCAGCGCCACAGACGAUGAGGAUUCGAGCGAGGCCAGCAGCAGCAGUGGGCAGAGCGGGGGCAGCGGUGGCGGGGGGGCCGCGGCGGGAGGGGGGGGCACCGCCCGCACCCAGGCCACGCACGCGGCUGCGCAUCAACACGGCCGGGGGGCGCCGCGGCGAGCUUUCGGCUCGAUGGCGGCGCGCGACUCGCUGGACGACGUGCGCCCCGACUCGGGCUCCGAUUCGCCCCGCGACUUAGGGCGGCGGGUGAGGGCCGCGGGGGGAAGGCCGGGCACGCGGACCCUAGCCGGAGCGGACGAUUACGCCGACUUUGGAGAGGGCAACGAUGCGAUAAGGGACGUGGGCUUGGAUUCGGAGAGCUCCUCGGACAGCGAGCUGCAACGCGCCGCCGCGCUCACCGACGACGAAUUU